CAAACGAAUCUGACUUAAUUCUGAUUUAACUCACGUUUGCUAACGCAAGUUCGCUUAGUUGGGAAACGGUUAUUUUUGGUUAUCUGUUAGCUAGCUAGCUAGAUGUGGCGAUUGGACUAGAGCCCCAACAAAGAGUGCGCUAUUGGUUACUAUUACGUAGCGAAGGUAAAUAAGUACCCAGUGCCCACCGUGAAUCAUGUGCCGCAAGCUAGCAGCUCCCUGAAAUGGCGAAAAUCAGCAAAGAAGCCAGCGGUUCACUUCGUCGUAACUCGAAGAAGCUGUCCGGACUGGCUGACAUUCAGAACGUGUCUCAAACGCUGGACAAACUAAAUUUAGAUUUGAAUGGACACGGGGGACAAAAAUACAUAGAUCCAACCCGACUAUAUAAACCCUGUGCUGGUUCCGACAUGCCUGUGAAGAAGAAGAGAAAGUCUUCAGGUUCCGAAGACCCUGGCCUUAGAAGGUGUAAAAUUUCCAGCAGUUUUUGCAGGACACAAGCCCCUGGCAGGCCGAUGAACCCCGAAGAUCACUUUUCCAGCAAGAAGUGCCUCUCCUGGUUUUACGAAUAUGCAGGCCCAGAUGAGGUGGUGGGACCAGAGGGCAUGGAGAAGUUCUGUGAAGACAUUGGUGUGGAGCCAGAGAACAUUAUUAUGUUAGUCUUAGCCUGGAAACUAGAGGCACCAAAUAUGGGAUUUUUCACAAAGGAGGAGUGGCUAAAGGGAAUGACCUCUCUGCAAUGUGACUGUACGGAACGCUUACAAGGAAAGCUCGACUACCUGCGUUCUCAGCUCAACGAUGCCGCGGCGUUUAAGAAUAUCUACAGAUAUGCCUUCGACUUUGCCCGGGACAAAGACCAGCGUAGCCUUGACAUGGACACUGCCAAGUCCAUGCUAGCUCUCCUCCUAGGAAGGACGUGGCCCCUCUUUCCAGUUUUCCAUCAGUUUUUGGAGCAAUCCAAGUACAAAGUGAUGAACAAGGACCAGUGGUACAAUGUCUUAGAGUUCAGCAGGACCGUACACGUGGACCUCAGCAACUACGACGAGGACGGAGCCUGGCCCGUGCUGCUGGACGAGUUUGUGGAGUGGCAGAAGGCCCGUCUGUCCUUAUAGCGGGAGACAGGCGCACCUGAGCUAUUUCUCACUCUGGAUAAAACGGCACACCUACAAGAACUGUUGCAGCAGCACCUCUGCCAUGAUGGAUUCAUUGCCCAACAGAGACUUUUACAGUGUUAAUUUAAACAAAGGGGGAACCAUUUUGUUUUGCAUCUGUCAUCAAAGUUACAGAUCCAGUAUUGUAAGAUCUGCUGGGAAUUUCCUUUCCUUAUUUUUGUCCCCUCUUUCAUUUUUGAGUCUUACUUUUGUUUAUAGUGUUUUCAGAAGGAAAAUAAAGGAUGGAGUUGUACCAA